AUGGCAAUAAAACCUCAUGCGGCCAAAAAGUCACCAAAUACGAAAACAAACAACAAUAAACGGAGAGAAGCAGAGAGUCGAACCGAGGAGAAAACGGCAAUUCACGGACCAAAGCUGAAAACGACUCAAUUGAAGAAAACAGCGAGUAAAUCAUCGGCUUCUGCUGACAGAAAAGGAUCAACGACGGAUUUGGCUGUGAAAAAAAGCAAGUCAAAUGUCAAUACGGCUUAUGAGAAGACAAUAACCGAAGACAAGGAGAAGAAGAAGAAGGAGAAGUGGUCGGGAGAAGAAGCAGCGGGCAAAUUUGCAAAGACUUUGGAUACCGUGAAUAUGAAGGAGGAAUAUGAGGAAAUACAGAAGACGACGGUUCAAGCGGAAAGAUGCAAAAUAUGGCAAGCGCAUUCAUCUCGUAAUCGGAAUCCCAAUUAUAAGUGUUAUGAUGAUAAUCGAGUGAUUGUGCAACUGUGCAAGAGUGAUUAUAUCAAUGGAAGCAAAAUUAACGUUCCGAAUUUUGCUCCAUUGGUCUACCUCCUUCAACUUCCCAAAGUCGAAACCCCAGAAGCCGUGGAGGAAUUCUGGAGAGUCGUUUUCCAGGAACAAUGUCAAUCGGUUCAUAUCAUUGCUCGGCCGGAAGAACUCCAAAAUCCAGGAAUCGAACAAUUGUUCGCUCAGAAAUCUGGUGCCUAUCUCUACGCCAAUCAAUUCUUUAUCAACACACGAAAAGUGGAGAAAAAGGACAACUCAAAAGCAGAUCAGUUUGUCGUCGAGCUUCUUCCAGAAGGGUGUUCCAAUUCUGUAAUGUGCAGUGUUUAUUUGCAUACCUAUUGGAAACAGUUCGCUGGACCUGAUCGAUUUGCGGCUCAGUAUCGAGCUGCUCAGCAGAUUGCCAAAAAUGAGAACGGAAAUUCUCCAAUUAUCAUCGCUUCUGUGAAUGGAGCUGGACGGAAUGCAGCACUUCUUUCGUUUGCAGUUGUUGUAGAUCAAUUGUCGAAAGGAAAAGAGCCCAAGAUAAGUGAGAUUGUCCGCACCGUCCGAGAGCAACGUCCUCAAUCCGUUGAUUCGUUUCCACAAUAUGUUUCGUUGUAUCUGGCAACCAAUUGGCUCAUAAAAACUAAAGCAUCAAGUGGAUCGAAUACGGAUGAGAUGAUUUCAAGAAUCAAAAAGUUCAAUGAAAAGGCGACGCAUGAUAUGCCCAGUUCGACUAUGAAACAACCAACUGAAGAAUGCGUUUGA